UUUUCUGGCUUUCCUCCACCGCGAAACGAUUUCCUUCCUAGCAACUAUCGCGCUCCGCCGACGCCUCGCGCAUCUUCCUCCGCCGCGCCUCCCACCUCCACCGCCGUCGCCCCCACCGCCUCUUCGCCGCACACCGUCUCGCCUCCACCGCCGGAGCCCCCAUCUUCGCUGCGCCCCGCCGCGCCGUCCUCUUCGCCUCCGCGCCUCCCACCUCUUCGCCGCGCCUCCAUCGCCGUCGCCCCCAUCGCCUCUUCGCCGCGCACCGCCGACGCGCCUCCACCGCCGUCGCCCCCAUCGCCUCUUCGCCGCACACCGACUCGCCUCCACCGCCGGCACCCCCAUCUUCACCGCGCCCCGCCGCGCCUCCACCGCCGGCGCCCCCAUCACCGCGCCGUCCUCUUCGCCGCCGCGCCUCCCACCUCUUCGCCGCGCCACGCCGCGCCUCCACCGCCGGCGCCCCCAUCUUCACCGUGCCCCGCCGCGCCUCCACCGCCGGCGCCCCCAUCACCGCUCCGUCCUCUUCGCCGCGCCCCCCUCCUCUUCGCCGUCCUCCUCUUCGCCGUGCCCCCACGCAUCGCGCUCCACAAAGGUAUAAGCCGGAGGUUGGUGAUAUCAUAGUUGGCCGUGUUAUUGAGAAAUGGAUAACAUUCUUGGGGGCUCUACACAAUCAUGUACAAAAACAGGCCCUCUUGCUGAUAUAACAAAUAUAAGUGGUUCCGGUUUGACAAAUAGACGGGGCAGGGGUGGAAACAAGUCGUUAAGUGCCAGUCCAACUUCUUCAAAUGAAAACCGCGGUGCAUCCUUCAAUACACCCAGCAAUGUGCAUAUGUGCACAGGUUCGCAUGAAGAUGUUAGUGACCUUACUGUGGCUGAACUAAAAAGAAAGCGUGCUCGAGACCGCUACGCAGCAUUGACCCCACAGCAAAAGGAUGAUAGGAACAAGAAGGCACGUGAAAGAAGGAAACGAAAGAAGGAGGAAACUCAAGAGGAAACUCAAGCUUCAGCCCCACUUGGCGAUAUUUCAAAUAUAAGUGUUGUUGAUAUAAUGAAGUGCCACUUGGAAGAUAAUGAUUCUUCCACACUGCAUCAAGGAAAAAGAGAAGCUUCCCAUCUCAAUAUCACACCCAGACGUCUCCCAUUUACAAUCAUCAACAAUGUAGCUCACUAUGGUCCCAACGAAGUUCCAAUGAGUCGCGUCACUCAAUUAACAACCCUAAACAUGAAUAGUGCUGACUUCACUGUUCAUAAUUCAGGAUGUGAAAAUCAUUAUGAUCCAAUCGUAACAAGUGGGAACCAAAAUACCCAUAGCCCAAUGCAUGAAUCCGGUAUUUUUCAAGGCAACGAUCGAAAUGAGUGCGACCAUGAUGACGACAUCUCUCUAGCUAGGCGUGACAAACCAUGUGCUGAAUCGAUUGCACUAGAGUGCCCUGAGGGAUCUAGCCCGUCGUUGCUAAAUCCAAAGCCUUGCUUGGAAGCAACCGGUGAUGUGCCAUCUACAUCGAGCCUGCAAACUGAGCAUUCUACAUAUCAUCGUACACGAUCAUGCACCUUCGAUGAUGAUGAUAUGGAUUCCUUCAUGGAUGAUGACUCCGACGAUGAAUACUACAUGUUUGUUGGGCUAGGAGACGAUGAGGAUGACGACAUGGUACAAUCUGAUGACGAUGACACGCAAUCGCCGACCUCUUCUGUUCCUGAUCCGUUCGACUAUGUCUAUAGCAACAUUCCACAAAGCACAAAUGUUCUGAAGCCUGAACCUGACUGUAAACACUGUGGUGCCAAGAGGUUCCAGUACGAACCGCCGAGCUUCUGUUGUCGGGAUGGCAAGAUCAAUCUUGUACAAAAUGAAACACCGCCUGAACUGAUGAGGCUUUGGACAAGCUCGGAUCCAGACGCCAAGCAUUUCCGGGAUAACAUUAGAUACUUCAACGGCCACUUCUCAUUCACUACCCUUGGUGUAAGCCUUGACAAGGCCUUUGCAAACAUGAGUUCGGGCGUGUACACUUUUCGGGCUCAUGGUCAGAUAUGUCAUAAUAUACAUUCUUUCAGUCCUAGAGAUUCUGGUCCAGAGCAUCUUGAGCUGUAUUUCUACGAUGACGAUCCAACAUUGAGUCAUAGAUUCCAACAUUCCCCUAGCCUUGACCAGGAUGUGAUUAGGACUGUUGCAGACGUCCUUCGGAACAACCCGUACUCGGAGACAUUUAGAAGUCUAGGGCAGGCUGAAGACCUCGCGAAUUAUCGCGUGACACUAAAUCUGGACCAUAGGUUGGACCAAAGGCGUUACAAUGUGCCGGUGGCAAUUGAGGUCGCUGCUGUCUAGGUUGAGGGAAAUGAGAGAAGGAAGUUCGAGCCUUGUCACAGCCUGAUUUUCGUUUCAGGAUUUAUAAAUAAUUUAAUAAAUUAUUAAAAGAAUUUAUAUUAAAUGUUCAUUAAUUUAC